GGCGAAAACAUCCCUAAGAUCUCCCUCAGAAAAAAAAAGAAAACUAGACCAGGUCCACCGCCAAGCCACCCAACCCCGUCCCCGUGCAGUCGAGCCGUCCAGAUCGCUGCCGUCCCAGACUCUCCGCCCCCAAAUCUCGCCCGGAGAAAAGAGAGAUUUCGCGGCGAUGGCGGCGGCCGGCGGCACCUCCUCCGACGAUGUCCCCGUCAUCCAGGCAGAGAACCUCACCAGCAACGUCAGGUCCAUCCUCUACAGCCGGACAUUCUUGUCGAUCAUCAGUGGAGUUGUUGCUGGUAUCUGGGGGUUCACAGGUCUGACGGGCUUCGUCUUCUACUUUCUGAUAAUGUUGGUAGCUUCUAUUGGGCUCUUGGCAAAGUCGAAGUUCUCAGUCCACACGUACUUUGAUAGUUGGAGCAGGAUUUUAGUUGAAGGAGUUUUGGCCGGCCUUAUGUCCUUCGUGCUGUUCUGGACAUUUGCGUAUGAUAUCGUCCACAUCUUCUGAGUUCUGAUGGAAGGAGAGUCUGAUGAACACAGCAUGUUGCAUCUUCUGAUGGAAGGAGCUAAUGUCAGAUGAAGCAAGCAUAUGCAAGAUUUCCCCUUAACAUGAUGGAACAAUGGAGUCUCAUCGUUAUCACAUUUUUGUUGUUAGUUACUACUCCCUCCGUAAACUAAUAUAAGAGUGUUUAGAUAACUACUUUAGUGAUCUAAACGCUCUUAUAUUAGUUUACGGAGGGAGUACUAUUACUGUCUAGUUUGGUGAACUGCAACGCAACAUUGUAUAUGCCUAUUUGAUGGCCAGUGUAUCAGAUAUCACAGGUGUAACACAACACUUAAAUUCGUUUACCCAUGUCGUAGUUCACCUGAUGAUCCGAAACAAUUACAUCACAUCAUUUCCGCCGUUCA